UUUUCUUUUCAGUUUCAUUGAUUUAUUAAAAAAACGAGGCGGCUUCUCUGAAUCUGAACGCCUGGUGCUUUCAGUUUGUCCUUCAGUUUUCCGUUCCUCCUUGGAAUACGCGCCUAAGCAAUAUACUAGCAGGUUGGCACUAGGGAUUAAAAAAAGUGUUUUACAGCUCGGCGCCCAGCGCCUAUAUAAGGACUAGCCUCUCUGAAGGUGAUGAUCUCGUCUAUCCAUCCACCAUCUCCUGUGUUAUCAGUCCCUGUUCGGCUUCCUAGAGUUCCAGCUGGUGUUGAUCGCACAGAGUUCUUGCUGUAAUCGGCCAUGAGCUACCAACCUUCAGCGUACCCGCCACCGGGCACGGCGUACCCUCCGCCGGGCCAGCAGGCGUAUCCGCCGCCGGGCCAGCAGGCAUACCCGCCUCCGGCGUACGGCGCGCCGCCUCCCGUGGCCGGGUACCCGCCGCCGCCCCCGCCGCCGCAGGAGUCCAAGGGCAGCAACGACGGCUUCUUGAAAGGAUGUUUGGCGGCCAUCUGCUGCUGCUGCAUGCUCGACAUGUGCUUCUGACAUCAUCAGGGAUGAGAACGUCCAGACUCAUCCUUCAUGCAGGCGAAUAGAGCUGUUUCUGAGUCAUGAUGCGUCUUUGUUUACAUCAAAUGUAUCUGUUUUGCCCUUGUUAUGAAUUUAUGAUCGUGGUGUUGGUGUACCUGCAAACAUCUUCGGACUUCAUUAGCUGAUCUAGGUUUUUCCUUUUUCCUUUUGGAGUUCCAUGUGAAAAAAGCAUCUCCGAUCAAUCUGUACUUGCUUUGGUGCUUGAUUAUUGCCGUACUCCACGCCUCCUCUGACCCUGCAUGCUCUGGGGUAAACGUGUGUCGAUGGUGGAUGUUGAUUUUCAGCGCCCCGUUGAGUUCAGGAGUGUGAAUGUACCAAGCUGUCAUUAAAGUCCAAGAGUGUAAAUCUCAGGCGACGAAAUCUAUUGGACAAAAAUUGGCAUCUU